ACCCAGCAGUGAUGUGGAGGUGGAGACCCACAGGAGUCCCGGACUUCACCUGAGCUACCUCAGCAGUCACCAAGGGUGGCAAGAAAAAGAAGAAAGCCCUGAGUUGGGGGGGACCAGAAUGCCUGACCAGGACAGCUAUGCCAACGGCACUGGAAGCAGCGGUGGAGGCCCCAGAGGCGGUGGCAGCGAGGAGGCCAGUGGGACAGGGGCAGGCAGUGGUGGGGCCAGCUCAGAUGCCAUCUGCAGAGACUUCCUGAGGAAUGUGUGCAAGCGAGGCAAACGUUGCCACUAUUGCCAUCCAGACAUGAGUGAGGUGUCCAACUUAGGGGUGAGCAAAAAUGAAUUCAUCUUUUGCCAUGACUUCCAGAACAAGGAGUGUAGCCGUCCAAACUGCCGAUUCAUCCAUGGCUCCAAGGAGGAUGAGGAUGGCUAUAAGAAGACUGGAGAGCUUCCCCCUCGGCUGAGGCAGAAGGUGGCAGCCGGCUUGGGCCUUUCACCGGCUGACCUACCAAAUGGCAAGGAGGAGGUCCCUAUCUGCCGUGACUUCCUCAAGGGGGACUGUCAGAGAGGAGCCAAGUGCAAGUUCCGUCACCUGCAGCGGGAUUUUGAGUUUGAUGCUCAGGGUGGAGGAGGCACUGGUGGUGGGGGCUCAACAGGCCCAGUCCCUCCAGGAAGACGUCAUGACCUCUAUGAUAUCUAUGAUCUGCCUGAUAGGGGCUUUGAGGAUCAUGAGCCAGGCCCCAAGCGUCGGCGAGGUGGAUGCUGCCCCCCAGAUGGCCCCCAUUUUGAAUCAUAUGAAUAUAGCCUGGCUCCAUCCUGAGGGGUGGAAUGCAGGCCGCUGGAGGAGGAGAAUGCCAUGCUCAGGAAGCGGGUAGAGGAGCUAAAGAAACAGGUCAGCAACUUGCUGGCCACCAAUGAGGUGCUGCUGGAACAAAAUGCCCAGUUCCGAAAUCAGGCCAAGGUAAUGACCCUGAGCUCCACUGCGCCAGCCACUGAGCAGACUCUGGCCCCCACCGUAGGCACUGUGGCCACUUUUAACCAUGGCAUUGCCCAGACUCAUACUACUCUCAGCAGCCAGGCUCUACAGCCCCGCCCUGUGUCCCAGCAAGAGCUGGUGGCCCCUGCUGGAGCUCCAGCUGCUCCCCCAACUAAUGCUGCACCUCCUGCUGCUCCACCACCCCCACCCCCGCACUUGAACCCAGAGAUCACACCACUGUCAGCUGCUCUGGCUCAAACAAUCGCCCAGGGAAUGACACCCCCACCUGUCUCCAUGGCUCCUGUCGCUGUAUCUGUGGCUCCUGUGGCCCCUGUGGCUGUAUCGAUGGCCCAACCCUUGGCAGGAAUCACAAUGAGCCACACUACCACCCCCAUGGUGACUUACCCCAUUGCUUCCCAGAGCAUGCGCAUCAUGGCCAUACCUCACUGAUGGGGCUACUGAAUACUCCCCUGGCAUAACCUUCCAGGGCUGUGGUAGAGGGGGCCUUACUUGCCCACUUGCCUAACCCUCCCAGGCCCUGUCUGAAGGGCUUACUCAAGAACGAGGACAAGAGACUACAAAGAGUAUGCUUCUGAGAUAGGGUUGGGCUGGUGUGUUUUCUCUCACCUCCCUUUCAUAAAGGUCUUCUUGUCCAUUUUCCUUCAAGCCUCACAGAAGGGGCUUGCAUGGAAGUGCAGACUGAAGCCAGCAGAGAGGAAGGACUGACUUGAGGGGCUCUAUGUCCCCAGAUGGGAAGUUGGGGACAUCCCUGAUCUUAUCCUCUCUUCUCUACAGCACAGGUUCCAGUACUGGCUUUGAAAGGGGGUGGGGGAAACUUACCCAGAGGGAGAGCCAGGAAAGAUUGGGAAGUGGGUGGCCAGGAGGAAAGACCAGAUAGGAACCUUCAGGCAUGUUGGGGCCCAGUUGAGCUGGACAAUACAGAAACUGCUCCUGAGCCCCUGGGAAGGUGGGGACCAUAGUACUCCAGUAGCCCAAAGGCUAAGGGAGCAUUCAUUACCUUAGCUUGGCCUGAAAAUCCAUAGAGC